AUGUCUUCCCCAACAGCAGCUUUCUUCGGCGCCACCGGCGGCGUCACCAACGCCAUCCUGGUACAUACCUUGAAGGCAGGCUACAAGGCCGUCGCGCUGGUGCGCACGCCCCAAAAGCUACGGGACCAGCUCAGCGCGCAGGGUCUCUCCUCCGAGGUCCUCGAAAACUUGACCAUCGUCCAGGGCAACGCGCUCGACGUUGCAGCCGUUCGGCGCACGCUUCUGGCAUCCGCGACAACAGGUACCGCGGGUGUGCCCUCAGUCGUGGUCACGGGGCUGGGCGGCAGUCCGAAGCUACAAUUCGACUGGCGCCACCCGUUCCAGAUCGCGAACCUCGAUAACCCUUCGAUCUGCGAGACGGCGGCGCAGACUCUUCUCACCGCCAUGCACGAGAUCUACGCCGAGAAUCCCGUGGCCAGUGAAAAGAAACCGCUCCUGGCAUUCAUCUCGACGACGGGGAUCACGCGCGGACCCGAAGACGUGCCCUUCUGGAUCCGCUUCCUGUACCACCAGAUGCUGACCGUCCCGCACAUCGACAAGCACAAGAUGGAAGAUUUGUACCGCGCCGACGCGGACUCUGCAUCUUCAAAUCCGGUCUUCCGGAACAUCGUCGGCGUCAGACCUACUUUGCUCUCCGGCGGUGCUGAUUACAGAGACACCUCAGGAAGCGACAAGGUCAUCAAGAGCGGCAUCGAGAACAAGCCCGCCAUCGGGUACAUUAUCAAGAGGGCAGACGUGGGGGCUUGGGUGUAUGAGAAUGUGGUGAGCGAGGCAUUGCAGGGCCGGAAGGGCAGGUGGGAAGGCGAGAUGGUCAGUUUGACUACCUAG